AUGAAGUCUACGGAGUUUGAUGAGAUAAAGAGGAAGCUGGCAUCCAGGAUCAUCGAACUGGAGCAGCAGCUGGAGAACGUCCUAUCCAGGUGCAUCGGCCUGGAGAAGGUUAAGAAUCGCCUGCAAAGUGAGGUGGAGAAGUUGACCUCUGAACUGGAAUCGGUACGGUAUUGGUGA